AGAGAGAGAGAGAGAGAGAGAGAGAGAGAGAGAGAGAGAGAGAGAGAGAGAGAGAGAGAGUGUUUGGGGCAGAGGGACAGACAGAAAGACACGGAGACACUGGAGAGAUGCUGAGCGGACGCUGACAUAACAAAGACUGAGCUGAAGAUCAGACAGUUCAUGAAUGAAUUUAAGAUGACACCGAUGAGAAUCGUGCUGUUCCUGUGGUGUCUCCUCUGCAUGUGUGUAUCAGUGAGGAGUGUGUCGGAUCUGUGUAAAGGUUCUCGCUGCUUGGAUUUGGGGGAGUCCAGACCAUGUUCAGGGUCACAUUGUGGCUCGAGCAGAUCAUCCAGACCAGCACGUCAACACAAUCCAAUAACACACAGCAGAUCUGCAUCAACCCACCAACAUGGAGUCUCACACCUUCCUUCACCUGAAAAGGUGGAGUUACACACAGCUUCUCAUUCUCACACUCACACAAGGGAAAGGAUGCCGUCUGCCGAGGUUGCAGGUCACACGUGCACUGGAGCAGAUUGCGUUACCACAAAAAGACCACCGCAGGCCAUUAAUGAUACACGAGAGUGUAGGGGACUGGAGUGCAGACUGCCUUUAAGGAUCAGAACCAAGCCCAGAGUGAGGUUGUGCCCUCCAGACGGCUGUGGACCUGGCUCAGACGAUGCUCCUGUGCACGUUCCGGACAUAGCUGCUCAAUUUCUGGGGGAAUUUCCGGAUAUCGGAUAUCCUUCGUCGGAACUUGGAGGUGCACCACUGGGAGUUCAGCUUACAUGUGACAUCAAACCAGGGGAGAACGAAGUUCCUUCGGAGGAUGCCCUUGUCCUGCAUCUGCAGCUUUCCAAAGGCCAGGAGAAGCUGGUAGAGGCUCUGCGGGCUCAGCAGUUAGUGAUCCGUGACCUGCAGCAGCGUCUGGAGGAGCAGCAGGGAGCGCUUUUGGAUCAGCAGCGUGAGAUCCUGGAGCAGCAGCAGCGCAUGUACGAGCAGAUGGACGUGGUCAAGGCGCAGUACGGCAUGCUGUCUGAGACCGUCAAGCAGGUGUCCUUCCAGGGCCUGCAGGGGGAGCUGCAGAGUUAUUUGGAAAGUCAGCUGGCAAGCAUGCAGAGCCAAGCUCGCAGCCACCUGCAGAAGUCACAUGCCGUACAUAAAACGGACGCCAAGCUGAUUGACGUGACCGGGGAAACAGAUCAUGCUCUGCUUGGCUGUCGCAGCGCAUGCGGCUCUGAAGAGUACUGCAAUUUUCAAAUGCAGCCACCACAGUGUCAACAGUGCACCAUGUGUCCACCUGGGUUCUUCCUGGUGUCUCAGUGCUCACCCAAUGCUGACAGGAUUUGCCAGGACAGAGAUGAAUGCCUGGAAAUCCCAACCGUGUGUGGCGAGAGAGUGAAAUGCCUCAAUACACCAGGUGGAUUCCGGUGCUUGGGCGUAUCUGAAAGAGAGAUCUCUUCAGGCCUAUGUGGUCAUGAGUACUUCUACAAUCAGGAGCUACAAGAGUGCCAAGCAUGUACAGAUUGUGAUGGGGAACCCGUAGCCGUACCGUGUAGCACUGUGAGUGAUGCUGUGUGUGGAGUGACCUCGGAAAACACAUUCUCUCAGUCCUGGUCUGCUUCGGUCACAUUGCCCGCGGCUCGAUCCAAAAGCACCGCUGUGUUUCCAGGCCUGCAGCUGAGUGUAAUAGGAAAGGAGAGAAGCGACUUUCUGGUUAGCCAUGACGGCUCCAUCAGCCUCUAUCAGCAUGGUCUGCUCUGGUUGGAUCACAACUUUGCCUUGAAGCACAGCUGCCGCAACUUCCUACAGAUUGGUGUGAGGCUCAGUGGUGGUAGCGAGGAGGAAGGUCGUGACCUCAGUGGUGUAAGGGUGGAGCAGCCAGAGAGGAAGCACUUCCAGGGUGUGAGUGUGAGUGCAGCGGCUGAGGUGGAGCCUAAUCAGACUCUGUGGUUGCUGCUCAAGAGCCCAAACCAACACUGCAACCAGAGCAAGGAGUUGCAGCUUUACGAGCUUGGAUCUUCUGCGUUUAGCCUGCUGUGGCUGUCACAUGACACCGGAGCUGUCGCUAUGACUGCUCAGACAUCCACAGCACCUCACUACCAUGGUAAUUACCGGCCAUCCUUCCGUGUUGCUACCGUCUCUGACCCCUAUGUAGUGGCAUUGACUCAUGACAAUCGUGGAAUUCGCUUCACUGAGAGAGGCACUGUCAAGUUUGUCCUGCAGCAGGCACUCUAUGCCAUGGGCCACACGUGCGUCCGUGAAGGCUUCUCGCUAGUCGCCUACAUUAACGCAAAUGGGACCAACCAGGAAGUAAUGCGCUCGUUUAAAUCCGGGGUCAACUAUAGGGACACCUCCAUCACUUUGUCAGCUACUACCAUUGUAGAUUCGGGUGACUGGCUAAACUUUGAGAUCCUCACUCCAUCACAAUGCAAUGUCCGAUACUUUGGAGACAGCUCUGGAAUUAGCAUGCUAAGUCUGCUAUGGAUUCCUGCUGCUAUUUCAUCAUCUCUAAUGGCCACCGUAUCCAGGACAGGCCUUCCAUCUGGAGCUGUAAGGAACAAACCUUUGUUGUUUCAGCAGGUUGGUCCGGAUGCUGAACACAUCCGACUUGCUGGCGCGGGACACCAACACCCAAGGAGAAAUUUUGUUUUUCAAGAAGCUGGUACAGCCAGUGUGGCUCUCAGUGUCAAGCUCAUCCAUUCUUGCAACGUGGUGAAGCUGAUUCUACACCAGCAAGGCCAGGACAGGACAAAUUCUGUUCCUUUGGCACAGCAGGUCGGGGGUCAGAUGCCUGAAGGUAGCGAGUGGACCAGUGUUGGCGUCAGAGCAUCGUUCGAGGUCCAGAACGGCACAGCCAUUUACAUCACUCUCGACUGUGUACGUGGCCGCAUCAAUCAAAUUACACAUGACGACGGCGCCAACCUUUUCAUCCUCUGGGUAGCUGCGUAACACCAUAAUUUCACAGCUACUUAUUCUUGAUCUUUUUAGGAACAGGUGCUUUCAGAAAAUUAUGGCUUGUCUUGUCAUAUGCACAGAAAAACGAGGUACACAAUAUAACGCAUUCCUAAUCUAUGGUAGCAAUGUAGCACCAUUUACAAUGAAAUAAAUUAGAAAUCUAUUAAUAUAAAAACAAAACGGUACUUAACAAAAUCGGAAAGACAUUUGGUGUGGCCAAAAACUGAACAAAUGGUUUGUAGGGUUAAUAUUCAAUAGUUUUGAAAUAUGAUAUCUACAGAUUGUCCGAAAAGUGUCUAUACACGGGGGAACUUUAGCAACUUUCUUUACAAAUCAUCCUCUAUUUGAUUGGCUCCCCGUUUGACAGCAGUGUCAUGUAAGAUGCCUGCCAUGGUUCCUUGUGACAGCUUACUGAUGAGAAUGAUUUCAAAACAUUCUUCUUUGCAUUAUGUUUCGCUAUAUAACUAAAUCUGAAAUGAAUCGAAUUGAAUUUUUCGAACGAUAUUGGAAGACAUUUUGUUAAAAAGUGUUCAUUUCUCGAUAUGUAUAAAGACUUUUGGGACACCCUGUAUAAUGAGAAGGUGCUAUUUAAUUUGAGUUAUAGGCUCUGUUUGUUUGUUGGAUUAUGUUUAUUAUGGUGAUGUGUGUUUAUCAAGUUUUCUUUUGUUACUUUUUUUUUUUUUUUGUGCUUAAAUCGCAAAUUCGAAUCGAUUUCUGAACAAAAAGUACGGAUUGCUUUCCAAGUACUUCGGCUGGUUGAGCAGUGACCAAUCUUUAUCGAGGGAAUUAACCUUUUGAUUUUGAAUAAUGUUGAGAUGAUUGUGUGUGUGUGUGUGUGUGUGUGUGUGUGUGUGUGUGUGUGUGUGUGUGUGUGUGUGUGUGUGUGUAUGAGCGUGUGUGUAGUGGGGUAUGAUGUUGACAUGCACACAGUAUAUAAAAUGCUAUACUGCACUCCAUUUCCUUAAACAUUGUACAGACGUGGGUUAAUUGUUCAAACGUAUUGAUAUUCAAAUAACUUAUCUAUUUUACAAAUCUUUUGUGUCUUAAUUGUGCACAUAGAUCCCAAAUUCAAGUUUUUAAUCCCAAUUUAUAUUGGAAUCCCUGUAAAGUAUACAUACAAAUAUUUAUAUGAUCAAAUGCAAAGACUAUAUUUAUAUACAGUAAAUGAUGCAAAACUAUUUGUUGUAACCUUCUACAGUAAUUUAUAUGGUAAUUACGAUAAUAAGAAUGAAAAGCGAUGCAUACAGCAUAGUUCAGUGCAAAAGUUUGCACCCCCAUCCCUCAGGGUUUUUGUGUGGAAACAAAAAUACAAUUCUAGUUUAUUUAGAUCUUGGACAAGCAUAGAAGUGUCAAAUGAAUGGCCAAAAUAAACAAACAAACUUUCAUGAAGAAGAUGAAAUAAAUAUAUAACUAUGAUUUCUAAAUGAACUAAACGAAAACAUCUGGAUUUUUUUCGCUUCAACUCUCAAUGAAUAGGUGAAACAAUCAAUUAAAUUAAUAUAGUAAAUCAGUUCCAUGAGGAUAAAUAUGUGUGUAAAAUGAACAGAAUAAAAGAAACAAGGAAAUUAAAACAGAGAAGAUCCAAAAGCUGCUGAGAAGAAUUUAAAAAAAAAAGAGAAGAAACAGCUAUACAGGAAAAGUGAGUGCUUAUAAUUUAGAAGAGUAUGGAGCAAAUUUACAUUCCAGUUGAUAUAAUUCCUUUUUUUAUUUUAUAAAUAAAUAAAUAUAUAUAUAUUGACACACAGUACACUAAUAGCAUUCUUAACACUAUUAACAACUAAAUGUAUAAAAAAAAUGCCUUCAUUUUACUUUUCCUGAAGGUGUACAAACUUUUGCUACUGGACUCUUUGGUUAAUUGUCUUUAAAUCAUGGGUCUGUGAUUGGGGACCCUGGAGGCAUAAGAGAGUAUUUAAGUGUCUGUGAUAACAAUAUUGUGCAUGUUGAAUAUCAGUCUAUCGUGUAACCAGUUUUCAGCCCUUGCUAAUUUAUUUAUAAUGCAAAAAAAAAUAAAAUAAAAAAUUUAAAUAAUAAUAAUAAUAAUAAUAAUAAUAAUCCUGUAGAAUAAAAUGUGAUGUUUUGUCAAGACUGAAUAAAAUUUCCAUCUAUUUUGACAAAACUGUUAAACCGUUUUAGCACAAGGGUUGUUGUUUUUUUUUUUCUUGGAAAAACCACAAGAGAUGUUAAAGGUGGAUUCGAUUUAAAUCGGAUUUAAAUUGCACUUGAUAUGCAACAUCUCACCCUCUAAUGGUUUAAGAUUUCAGCCACAUUCUUGACCCAUUGCUCAGAAAGCAAAAGAUGUUGGAUUUUCUUUGCACAGAGUCCAAUAAAAGCAUUCGAUAGAGUCUCGUCUUGGUUAACGAUUAGCAGCUGGUCCCUGAGCACACUUAUUACUCACUUCACCUUCCAUUAACUUUUAGUAUUUAGGUUUUAACACCACAGACUGAAGCGGUGCUAUAGCUUUAUUUGGUCAACAAACCCCCAGGAUAAAACACCGCACUACAGGGUGUUGAGUUGUUAUUCGUAACACAUGAUGAUGUGAUGCUGACUCCAUACAUUACACACCACACAUCUGCCACUGUCUUAUUUAAGUUUAUACUGUAGGAUUGUGCACAUAUCUACACACCUGUACUGUAUAGCUUUUUUUUGUGAAAAAGUGCUGGCCCCCUUUCUGAUUUUUAAAAUUUUUUUUUGCAUGCUUGUCAAUCUCUCUCACUCACUCAUUUUCUACCGCUUAUCCGA